UCGACGAGUAUCAAGCUCUCGUGUGUCUUCGGAUACGUCGAAAAGAGGAUCCUUCCUGCAAAUUUUCAUCGCGCGACCUCUUCAUCAAUUUUCGACCGUCUCCUCAUCGUAUUAAUUCGUAAAUCGCCGGCAUUUUAAUCUCGAUUUCUAAACACUUCAGGUUUCCAGACUUCUUUCAAGCUUCCCUCUCCCCUCGCGACGAUCCUCGCGACGAAUUCUCCGACGAAGUAGGACUAGUUCCCAGUCAGCUUGAAUUUCCGGACGGUUCAUCACGCUCUCAGCGUCGCUGAACGUCACACACGCUGCGGCACACAGGCUAAGCAAGCAAAACAGCGUCGACCCAGGGGCACCUGGAGAAACCCUGGGGUGGGGUCCAGCGCGAUGCCGUGGUGAAGGGAGUGAAGGGAGACGAGGAGACUGUCGUGUGCCGAGGUGUACCGAGGCCGAUAAGUGCGCGCCAAUCGGCGGCGGUCCGACUUCAGUCAGUAGUCACAGAGUCCAGUAGCCAGGCGUCAAAGAGAUCGUUGAGCUCGAAGAAAGAGGGACCGCAAUGAUGAGUAACUACCCGAGGAGCGUGACCCUGCUGUUGGUCCUGGCGGUCUUGGCACGUGCCCAGGGAGCCACCCUACUCGGGGCCCCGCCAUGCCCCGACCCUUACGGAAUUCAUGCUUACGCUCAUCCCGAGGACUGCGGGGCCUUCUUCCUUUGCACCAACGGUACUCUCACAUUCGAGUACUGCGAGAAUGGGCUUAUGUUCGACGGACACGGCGCGAUCCACAACCACUGUAAUUAUAACUGGGCCGUCCAAUGCGGCAAUCGCAAGGCCGACUAUACACCCAUCAGCAGCCCCGGCUGCGAGUACCAGUUCGGCAUGUACCCGGAUAGCAAUGGCUGCAGCACCACCUACGUCAAGUGCAUCCACGGCGAGCCGCAUCAGGCCCACUGCGAUCCCGGUCUGGUUUACAACGCCAAGACCCACACGUGCGUCUGGCCCGACGAACUCAUUCCCUUGUGCAACCCCGAGGCCAUAGUCGGCUUCAAGUGCCCGCACAAGUUGCCGCCCCAUAGCCCCGCCACGAAAUUCUGGCCUUAUCCGAGAUUCCCCGUGCCAGGUGACUGCGGCAGAUUGAUCACCUGUGUGGACGGACAUCCGCGUCUUCUCACUUGCGGAGACGGAAAACUUUUCGACUCGGUGAGCCUGACUUGCCUGGAUCCAGAUGACGUUCCUCACUGCUCCAACAAUCUGUAAGCGCGGAGACGCAUUUUUGAUGCUCGAUAUUUCAAAUCAGCAAACAACGAAUCAAGAAAUCACAAACGACAAAAAACUACACAUUUGCCAACACAUUUAAAUUUUUGCAAUGAGAUACAGGUGAUUUUAAUUCAAGGUUAGUGCGCAAAGCUAAAAAUUAGAUGCGCACUUGUGAAAAAUCAAUUUUAAAAACUGACCAAACAAUCAAAGAGAUCAAAGAGAAAAUCAAUUGCAAGACACGAAAAAUCAAGAUUUGUAAAAUCACGACAAUAUAAGAAACACGCGCGCGUACUAGACUAAUUUGAAAAUAUUAUAGUAAUUAUGAGAGACGAAAGAUAAUGGAACAAAUCAAUCGACAAGAAGGAAUAAAAAAAAUGUACAUUUCUAUUAGUUUCCGCUAGCUAAGUAGCUGUUGUUGCAGAUAAAAACAAGAAUAAUAAACGUAAAUUAUUAAUAACGUACGUUCGGAGGGGGAAGGGGGGGAAUAAUCGCAUGUAGCGUACGUGGAGAAUGAGUACGAUAUGUAGUACAUAUAGUGUAUUUAUAAUACGAUAUAUAUGUAAUACAUAUAUAAAAUGUAUAUUUAUGAUAAAUAGAGUGUAACAAUGUACAGCCAGGCAACAUCGAAUAAAAUCUGGACACGCGUAUAAAAAAAUAUACAACGUACAAUUUCUUUCAAUCGAUCUACGUGUACACCUUACGAUUAAGAGCGAUGAGGAGGAAGAGGAAAGAGAUAGCAGGAUAAGAGAAACAAGGAAGAAAGUGGAAGGUGUGGGAAAAUAUUUACAUCUCGACCGAGGUGACAGAGGCAAAUUGGCGGACGGUCCUGAGACCGAACGACGAGAUGUUCAUAAUUAACGUUAUUAUUGAAAUCGAUGAUACGAGUCUCUGUUUGCGGGGGAGGGAGGAGAGCUCAAUCGGUUAGGUCGGUGUGUCGACGAGUCUCGAUCCUUGAGAAUGGAAAUUGCUCGUUAAGCAGCCAGCACUUUAGCCUUUCUCACCUUCCUUUUCAGUUUCACAUCUUCCGUCCGUCAGCAAUUCUUACUGUUGUUCAUUUCGUUGUAUCUUUCUGCAUUCAAGCUCUUUAGCCUCUCGAUACUCGCCUUCUAUUCGUUCCCAAACUUUUGCAACUGAUUCGUACUUUUAAUUUUAUCCAAACUUUCCUAAUUGGCAAAAUCUCUCGAAUGUCUUCGUAUAUUUUUGAAAAAAUUUCUUGAAAAUCUUGAUCUUCCAUAGUUAUCACAUCACUACGGAGUAGUGAUAAAAAAUAAUGAUUAGAAGAUUUUACGAUCUUUGUGAGUUUUCUUGACAACCUCGAGGAACACGAUCACAGGACCCUGAUUAUUCGGGACAAUUUUGAGCAUUCGGGAGCAAAAGAUCUAGGGAAAUCGCUCAGGGAAUUCGGUUUUCUUCGACAACUAUUCGGGAGAAUUCCGAAUCUACGGGAUCGCGAGGAAUCAGGGGAGACUCGACGAGAGAACCUCUCAAAUUCUGCGAACCGAACGUUACGGCGA